GGCCCCUCACUCUCACAAGAAUGGUGAAGGGGCGUGGCGCUGCGAGCUCGCUUUCUGGUAACCAUAGCGACGCGACUUGAGCUGGUGGCAAGGUAGCGCGGUAGUCUCUCCAGGACUCAGAGGACCACAGGGUUUAUAGGUUGAAGAUGGAAGAACCCCAUGAGAUUUCCUGUACUGGUGGCAGAGAGAGUGAUAUAGUAACAGAAGAAUACCUGGCUGGCUCCAAGGAGUGUGCUUCUCAUGUGCAGCUGGCUUGCAGUGCAGAGUUCUGUGCCUUCCCUUUAGAUGGAAAUCAGCUUUGCCUGUGGGGCUGUAGGGGUCCUUCACACGAGCUUCUGAUCUUACAAGGUCACCUGCAGUCAAUCACUGCUAUCACUUUUGGAAAUCUAGAGACCCCACUGCUCAUCUGUUCGGCAUCACAGGAUGUUGUUAUGAUAUGGAACCUGGAUGGGUGCAGGGAGAAGGUACUUCAAGGGCUGCUUCCUCGAGGUACUAUCAUGAGCACCCUUCUGAGGAAAGUGCUGUGUUUAAGAUUUAGUCCAGAUGAUCAUGUUGUUGCGGUUGGUUCUGGAAACACAGUAUUCAUGCUGGAUGUCAAGGAUCAUGCUGUGCUGGUGGAGCUAGAGGGCCAUCAGGGCCCAGUGACUGCUGUGGAAUUUUGUCCUUGGCAAUCACACAUGCUUAUCUCAUUGUCUGAAGACCGAAGCUUUAAGGUCUGGGACCAUAUUAUGGGAUCAAUAAUAUUCAGCUCAUCCAUUUUAACAGCAUAUCCUCUCCUGAGUUUGCACAUCCAUGAGGAGAGUCAGCAGCUCAUCACUGGAUGCGCUGACGGGCAGCUUUGGGUUUUCAGUUUGAUCGAAGGACAUCAUUACCGCUGCAUGGCCCGCAUGGACCUGAGGAAGAAAAGUGAGACUUUCUUCACCAGGAGGGAGAAGUCUGGAGUGUACAGCCUGCAAGGAGCGAGUGAGCUGGACAUGGGAACACAGUCCAGAGUAGCCAGACCUGUCCUGAGCCUCUCACCCUGCCACCUUCCCCACAGGAAGAGCUCUGGAAGCAGAGGCCUAUCCUCUGCAACUGAGUAUGCCAGAUGCCUGUGGAUUGGAAGCUCAGCAGAGUUAUUCCUAUUUAACUUAGCAAACCUUGAAAUGGAAGCCGUUUUACGUUUCAAGGAUUUUGGAAGCCUCAGUGUUCAAGUUGCUGGAUCAUGUGCAGUGAUGAGUGAAACUAUCAACUAUAAGACCUAUUGUUUACUCACGUCCAUGUUUGAGAAUAAGAUCGCUGUGUUAGAAAUCAACCUGGCAGCGCUUGUGAGGUCGCAGCAGUGUCUUGGCCCUGGGAAAGCUCUCUCCGUGCUAGCAAGCUCCUGUGUCCUACCAACUUCUCCACUGUGUUUUGGAGCUUUUAAGGAGAAACGUACUAAACCUGCUGGUCAGAAGCUACAUGCUGUGCAGAGAGGCACAGAGGCCAGGCCUGUGGUUUUCCAUACUAAAGUCAGGUCAUUUGGCUAUGCAGCAGCACCUCGUAAAACUAUGUUUUCACCAAAGACUAACAUCAAGAAUGAUGGUAAAAGAUCUUCAAAAUGCAAGAACAGUUAUAAAUGUGAGGAAUACCCUUUGGAGAAAUCUCUGCCAAGCAGACUGAGCAAACAGGUGGCUGUGGCCCAAGAGCCAACUGCUGUGAGCUGCAUCCAGUACUCAGGAAAUGGACAGUGGCUGGCCUUUGGCUUAGCUAACCAUCUCUCCCUGGUUUUGGAUGCCAGCCUUAGUGGAAUACCUGCUGCUUUUUCAGGUCAUGACGGAGCUGUGAGUUCCAUCUGCUGGAGUCAUGAUGGGAGGUGGCUGCUCUCUGCUGCACGGGACUGGACUCUGAGGAUGUGGUCAGUUAGCAGGAAGAAAAUCAUGCUGCUUUUGGGCAGAGAUGUGCUUCCCCGGCCUGUGCAGGCUGCACAGUUCUACUACAUGGACACCUUCAUUCUGCUGUCUUCUGGCCCAGAACUGUGGCUGCUGAAAUAUCACCUUGACACCUGCAAAGAUGAGCUGAAGAGGUAUAAACCGAGGAGCAGUUACAAGCUUAUUUGCAAGCUCUCUCUGUCAAAUGCAGCAGAUGUGACCAGUUUGUCAGCAGUGAAUGACUUUUACUCCUACAUUGUACUCACAGCUGGCCGGGACAGGACUUUGGAAGUUUUCGACUUCAAUGCUGGCUGCAGUGCUGCAGUGAUAGCAGAAGCCCAUUCACGACCAGUCCAUCAAAUUUGUCAAAAUACAGGAUCGUCAUUUACGACCCAACAGUCCCAGGCAUAUAAUCUCUUCCUGACCACAGCUGUUGGUGACGGAGUUGGACUGUGGGACCUGAGGACUCUGAGGUGUGAACGCCGAUUUCAAGGACACCCGAACCGCUCCUACCCCUGUGGCAUGGCCCUCAGCCCAUGUGGCCGGUUUUUGGUUUGUGGCGCCGAGGACAGACAUGCCUACCUGUAUGAGCUGGGCUCCAGUGCUUUCUGCUGCUGUCUGGCAGGACACACGGACACCGUCUCUGCAGUGUCCUUCAACCCGGCGGGCCCCCAGGGAACCAUGGGAAGGCCCAGGAAAUUGUCAACAAGCCACAUUUACUUUCCAAAAGCAAAAAAUAACAGAAAACAAACAACAACAAACCAAGGACCUACACUGAACCAACAGAUGACAGGAGGAAGUGUCUGGGGACAGAUCCUGGAAGCCUGCAGAGGGAAAGCUGCUCCCUGGAUUCCACACUCUGAUUCCUUCUCAGAAUUGUUUACGUGCCACCCGGGCAAGGGUCAGUCAUCUGUCACCAAACUGGUGCAUACCAUCUUGCUGACUUGGUGUUGGUGGUGUGGAACAAGCUUCCGCUUUGGACCCAUGGGGACCCUCCGUCUGGACCUAUACUGCUAUUUCGUGAACUUCCCUGUGGCGGAUGUGUGCUCUGUGGCCCAGCACCCCUGAUGCUUCAUGUGGCUCCACCAUGUACGUGUGUGUGAUAUUUACCUGCUGCUGUGGCUCAUAUUGCAGUGGAAGGCUUGAGAAAGUCUACCGACCUAACACUCAGUGUCUUCCCAGAGCCUAUCUCUUCUAGCUAGUGUGCUCAUGGUCGCAAAAGUGUCUCCUUGAAGGACAUAGCCAAUGUCUGCUGACUGAGAAACUCUGAUAAAGCUCAUGUAAUUGGAGGAUCACUAAGUCUUUUGGUAUUUUCACUUGGUAGAAAUUUCAUGGGAUCACUACCAGACUUCUGGGAAUCUGCCAUUCCAUUUUGGGGGUUCCUACAGGAAGUAACGCAGUACUCACUAACCAACCCUCUUGGCUCAGUUUUCAGCUCCCUUCCUAGAAAGGGGCUGUGUCCACGGUGAGCAAAGUAAUAACCCCAGAGAGGUCCACGACCUGAUUCUUAGGCCCUGUGAAUAGCAACGGGAAGAAAGGUUUUACAGGGAGGUAGGUGCGUAACGAGCUAACCCUCAAAUACAGGAGAUCCAGGAGAUUUCGUGUAAUCACAGUGGUCCCUAAGAGGCAGGUGGAAGAAUGAGUCCUGGCAAGACGAAGGCGUGGAAGGAAUUGAGGUGAUCUGAAGCUGAGGCAAGGGCUGGGUCCACUUGGAAGCUGUAAAAAGGAAGAUAUGGAUUUUCUCCUGAAGCUCUCGAGGGAAAGCAGUCCCCAGUACAUUGAUCUUUGCCUGUGAGAACCAUUUUGGACUUCUGACCUACAGAUCUUCAAAAUGCUAAGCUAGUAUUGUUUUAAGCCUGUGCUCGUAAUUCGUUUUUAUGGAAGCAAUAGAAAGCUGCAGUGUUCACUCUAUGCUCUAGUAGGAGGCAUGCGAUAGGGAGUGACAUGGACUGGCUGCAUUGUAGAGUAUGGCAUUGGUGCCCUAAUUCUAAUGUCUUGUCCUGUUGCCUGCUGCGUCCAUACACACAAGGUGCUCCAGGCUGGGUCUACUUUCCUGGGACUGUCCAACCACAUUCACUCUCUUUUCUGCAUAUGUGCCCACCAGCACUCCUCUCCUGGUCAGUAAACCCACUCACUCAUUUCUCCAUUUCUACAUGUCCUCUUCAGCCUGAGAAAGGCCUGGAGACAUUGUGGCAGCUCUGCAGGGCUGUUCCUCUAAGCCUGGGACCAGCAGCACUUGAGCUACUCCUCCUUACCCUACAUGAGUCUGGCCACGAGUCUGGUCUCAGGAGAUCCCAACUGAGGCUAUUAGCCCCACAAUUCAGCCACCUAGAGUGCUGGAUCCAGGUGGAACACAGUAGAAAAUGUGACAGCUUUCAGGGAGGUGAGUGAGUAGUCUUCCCCAACAUCUCCACAAGCAGGGUUGCCUUUAGGCUUUGCUAGAACAUUGAUCAGAUGGUC